AAAUAACAACAAAGCACAAUAAUCGGAAGCAGAGGCAGCGAAUAAGUGAAAAAGGUCGGAGCAAUUAUUAACAGAACAUCGGUGUUCAGCGUAGAAAAAUGUAAUCAUAAUUGUAAAAACUGAUCUGAAAAGUAUUUAGAAGUAAAGUUAUUAAUUAAUUGAUGGUUUGUUGAUGCAAUACGGCUGGUGCACCGCUGGAUAAAGUGUUUAUAGAAGCCUACGAAAAAUUGCAAAACAAGCGUCGAUCCGAUCGUCGUUAUUUAAUACCAUCGAAAAAUCUUGUGGAGAUCAUCGUGUUGGUGCUCGGGGACAUAUUUUGAGAAAAUUUGAUUUAAUAAAUUGCUGUUGAAAAAUGGUGCGUCGUCGCGCUACAAAAGUUGCUGCGCUUACUGGCGGAGGUGCGCGAAGCGCCAAUAGUAAUUUGUUAGAAAAUGGUGAACUCAAAUCUACGGUUGGCUGUACACAUUUGGACGAACAAUACUUUGCCAGUCCUAAACGUAAAGACUGUAAAAUUGAUAACUGCUUAAUGGAAAAGGUUGGUAAUAAAGAACAUCAAUCCGAAAAAGAAGUGAAAACACACGGAAAAACUAAAUCAUAUCCAUCAGCAACUGGCAAGGUACGAGCCGAAAGAGGAGGUAUUGCUGGCCGUACGAUUGGUGUGCCUUUGGCCACUCGUUCACAAACACGUACAAUAGAAAACUUCUUCAAGGCUAAAACUGCUGCCAAUAACGCUAAAUUAGAAGAUACUUCGGUGACAAAAACUGAAACCAUAAGCUGCACAGAAAACGAAGAAUACUUGUAUGAAGACUUGCCCCACUACAAUAAUAUUCAUCCACCAACACCAGAUACACCAUGUGAACUUGACGAAGAUACAAAUGAUAGUGAAUUUAGUUCACAGCUAACAGAGGGGACCGUCUACGGAAGUGAUUUUCUUACACAUCGCUCACAAUUACGUGAUAGCCACUCUUCAACUGGCAGCGCAUGUACAAAUAUCAGCACCUCAGAAAACAUAUUUCUCCAAGAACCCGUACUAACUUUGAAUGUCGACAAAACGCUAAAUCAAGCGUCAUCCAUAAAGAUAAAUACGUCACUAGAAGUGGAGCCGAUCUUUUCAUCACCACCCGCGCUUACUUCUGCACUUAACGGGCGUUUCAAUCAAAUUGUGACACUCAACAUUUCGCCGUGCAAGAAACUAGACACAUUCUCUUGUGAAGCACCAAAUAUGGCCAUUGUAGCCUUACAGGGAGACGAUUUGGUGGAAGAGAUCAUUGACAAUGAUAAUGACAAUAGUUCUUGCGACAGUGGUGUUGCUUUUACUAACACAGUGAAUAGAGAUGUGUUGUUGACAGAACAAAAUGACAAGAUCGUGUCUGUGGUGACGGAUAAUGGCAAUAAGCAUAGAAGAAAACCAGCAACACCACAUCGUAUUGUAUGUCCUUCACCAAUUAAAACUAUGCCACCUAUGAUCUCACCUAUGUGUGCUGUUGUGAACGGUAGAAUCUCGUCGCCUUCAGGAUGUAAACUUAACAGAGAACACUUAUCGCCGCGCAAAUCCCCACGCAAAAUGGCGUCUUCCAAUUCUAAAACACGACGAAGGCUGAACACACAAAAAGAGCUAAGCGCACUAAAUAACGUCGAGGAAGCAGUUAAGUUGUUACCUGAGGAAUGUGCAGUCGCUAUGAAUUACAAUGAGCCAGAUAAGUUUAUACAACAUGAGAUCAACGAUUGCGAGAAACGUGAAGAACAACAACAAAAGUGCGCCACAAUAAUGAAUACAUUAAAACAACCACAAAAGCUGGUGGCACCAAAAUCACAUGUGGUCAAAAUGCAGACACACAAACCGAAAUUGGUGAAUGGUCGACCACUUGCCACAACAAAUAAUAAUCACACCUUAAAAGAAUGCUUCCCCGUACGUCGUAGUGUACGUAAAACUAAAACUGCCGUAAAUGAAGAGAUCAUGCGCAAUCUGGAGCGGGCUAUUCUCGAAGAACGCGCCGAUGGACUGAAGGUGGCACAUUUCGAGGGCAAAGGUCGUGGUGUUGUAGCCGAACGACACUUUCAACGCGGUGAAUUCGUUGUGGAGUAUAUUGGUGAUCUUAUACCGUUGACCGAGGCGAGUGCGCGCGAGAAGCGUUAUGCAUUGGACGAGAACGCAGGCUGUUACAUGUACUAUUUUCGGCAUCAAAAUCAACAGUACUGCAUUGAUGCAACUGCGGAUACGGGCAAAUUGGGACGUCUUGUGAAUCAUUCACGUAACGGCAAUCUCAUUACAAAAGUGGUCGUGGUGAAGCAACGGCCACACCUGAUAUUAGUAGCAAAAGAUGACAUAGAGCCGGGCGAAGAAUUGACCUACGAUUAUGGUGAUCGUUCCAAAGAAUCGCUACUGCAUCAUCCUUGGCUGGCUUUCUAGAAACAUCGUGGUCCAGUUGUUGUCGUCGUGAGGAGGCUAAAACCGUUAUAUAUUUAGCAUGACAGAUACACAAACAAUUCAAGUGCUUAACGAUGAAAGUCGUAGCGCCUUAAUACAGAGUUAACUGUCAAAAAGGCUAGUUAAAAUUAAUCAAAAAAUGACUUCUUAAGAGUGUGUGCGAGACCGUGUGCGCGCUUGCGUUGGCUGGUCGUCAGCGCGACAUUUAAUGGCUCAACUGCAGCUCAGUUGCAAAAACAAAUUAAGGAAUAGUAUAGCGAAAAAAAAAGUUAUAAUACAAAAUACCGUUUAUUAGAAAGCAUAUA